UAUUUUGUACUUUUCAGACAAGAUUUCUGAGACAGACUUCUUCACUUCCUCCUUUUUUGGGAAAAGAUUCAUUAAUUUGAAUAAUUGUCCACUCUCCAAAAUUGCCAAACCGAAUUUCUGUCAGAAUGAGUUCCUCUUUUUAUCUUCUCUUAAGAAUAUCUAGGGUUGAAUGAAAACAUAGCUAUUGAAUUGUGACUUCAUAAUUUAUAUACUAUGCCCGUAAAUGCAAAAUAUGCUCCACUAUUAAAAUGAAAAGGCAAAAUCAAAGCUCUGUGGUUGAGUUUAUCCUCUUGGGCUUUUCUAACUUUCCUGAACUCCAAGGGCAGCUCUUUGGGAUUUUCUUGAUUAUUUAUCUGCUGACACUGAUAGGAAACGUCGUCAUUAUAGUUGUCAUCUGCCUGGAACAGAGCCUGCGUGUUCCCAUGUACCUGUUCCUCCAAAACCUGUCUGUGGUGGAUGUUAGUAUCAGUGCAGUCAUUAUGCCCGAAAUGCUGGUGGUUCUCUCCAAUGAAAAAACGUCAAUUUCGUUUGUGAGCUGCUUUGCACAGAUGUAUUUUAUUCUUUUUUUUGGUGGGACUGAAUGUUUUCUCCUAGGGGCAAUGGCUUAUGACCGAUUUGCUGCAAUUUGCUCUCCUCUGAGCUACCCAAUGAUUAUGAACAAACGAGUUUUUAUGAAAUUAGUUACAGGCUCAUGGACUUUGGGUUUCAUGUUAGGUACUGUGCAAACAACAUGGGUUUCUAGUUUUCCCUUUUGUGGCCCCAGUGAAAUCAAUCACAUCUCUUGUGAAACUCCAGCAGUGCUAGAGCUGGCAUGUGCAGACACAUUUUUGUUUGAAAUCUAUGCCUUCACUGGCACCAUUUUGAUUAUCAUGGUUCCUUUCAUGUUGAUAAUUCUGUCUUACAUUCGAAUUCUCUUUGCCAUCCUGAAGAUGCCAUCAACCACUGGGAGGCAAAAGGCCUUGUCCACCUGUGCCUCCCAUCUCACAUCUGUUACCCUCUUCUAUGGCACAGCCAGUAUGACUUACUUACAACCUAAAUCUGGCUACUCCCCAGAAACCAAGAAGCUGAUGUCCUUGUCUUACUCACUUUUAACACCUCUGCUGAAUCCACUGAUCUACAGUCUGAGGAACAGUGAGCUGAAAAGAGCUUUGAUAAAAUUAUGGUGA